UUCCUUCCUCCUCCUACCCCACUUUGCAAGCAGGCCUCGAUCCCCGUGUGUUUGCCCCCUCGGUUGCCACAGCAACGAGGAUGCUGGACGCGCCAUAGGGAACUACAUCUCCCAGGAUGCCGCGGGCGGCGGGAGGAAGAAGAAUCCGGGCUAUUGUCUAGGAGGGCCGCCGGGUUCUUCCCAGAAUUCCAGAGUCCUAGCCAACUCAGGGAUUCUUUUGCCCACCGUGACCGCCGAGCCGGCGCACGCUCGAAACUACCAAUCCCGCCGUCCUUUGCGCGCUCCGCUCCCCUCUCAGCCAAUCAGCAGCGAACAGGUCGCUCAGAGGGGAGGAGGAGGCAAAAUGGCGGCGAAAGGUGGCAGCGCGGGAGGAGGAGGCGGCGGCGGUGCCGGCGCUGCUGGCGCUAACAAGAACGGGAUAUUGGACAAGUGGAAAAUUGACGACAAACCUGUAAAAGUGGACAAGUGGGAUGGGUCAGCUGUGAAGAAUUCAUUGGAUGAUUCCGCCAAAAAGGUUCUCUUGGAAAAGUAUAAGUAUGUGGAGAAUUUCUGCCUGAUCGAUGGCCGCCUUGUUAUUUGCACGAUCUCUUGCCUCUUCGCCAUUGUGGCUUUAAUAUGGGAUUACCUUCAUCCUUUUCCUGAAUCCAAGCCGGUUCUUGCUGUCUGUGUUGUCUCGUAUUUUGUUAUGAUGGGGAUUCUGACCAUCUAUACCUCAUAUAAGGAGAAGAGCAUCUUCCUGGUAGCACAUAGAAAAGAUCCAGCAGGGAUGGAUCCUGAUGACAUCUGGCAGCUCUCCUCAAGUCUGAAAAGGUUUGAUGACAAAUACACCCUGAAAAUGAUGUUCAUCAGUGGCAGAACCAAGCAGCAGAGGGAGGCUGAGUUCACAAAAUCCAUCGCCAAAUUCUUUGACUGUAACGGCACCUUAGCCAUGGAAGCCUUCGAGCCAGACGUUUCCAAGCUUCAUGACAGCCUGCUGACAGAGAGGAAAAUGAAGUAGGCCCCAUCUGGUGUCCACCUUCCUGCUGGGCUCAUGCUGAGUUUAAGCCAAUAAAGCAAAAUAGCAAUGAA